CUCACAAACCUAAAGGGACAUGUAGCAGCAACAAAAUGAACAGGGGAAUAACACAUUUAACAGGCCUGAAUUUGCUCUUUCAGUUUGUAACCUGUUCAAGACUGGUGUGUUACUUCACAAACUGGUCUCAGUACCGAGCAGGAACUGCUAAGUACCUUCCUGAGAAUGUGGACCCAAACUUGUGUACUCAUUUGAUCUAUGCAUUUGCUAUUGUAAACUAUGCCAAUAACAUAGCAAGCAGUGAGUGGAAUGAUGUGACCCUUUACUCAACCUUCAAUGCACUUAAGAACCGAAAUCCUCACCUAAUAACCUUGUUGUCCGUCAGAGACCAGGACUCAAACCAAUUCUCCAUUAUGCUGUCCAACUGGACAAACCGUCAGACAUUCAUCAAGUCUUCUAUAGAAUUUCUGAGGAAGUAUAACUUUGAUGGGCUGGAUUUGGACUGGGAAUUCAAAGGCACUUCAGAGACGCAUCUAGAAGAAAAACUGAAAUUCACUCUACUGUGCAAGGUUAAAAUUAAAAAUAUGUUUUCAUAUGAUGAUGAUACUUUAUUGUCAGACAAGUCUGAGAUUUUUCUCAGCUGAUAGUGUCCAUGUUUACAACAUUGAACGCCAACAAAUGCAUUUAAUCUACACAGUACAAAAACAUCACGCAUUAUACAUUACACUUACAUAAGUAUCACAUUACAUCCUACAUUACGUAUACUGUACGUGUAAAACUACACCCUACACUUUACACCACCUUCUCCUCUUAUGCUCUUGAUUUUUGGUUAUAAGUGUCUUAUUCAACUCAAGGAUAACCUGAUGCACAUAUGAAUGCUUCAGCCUCAUUCUGUUGAAACCUCCGAUUUGAUGGCAAUAAGACAAACUCAUAAUCAUGUCACCUUGAAAACCAUCUGUAUAUAAAGUAAAAAGUAUAGCAGAACUGACAUAUCCCUGGGGUACUCCAACAUUUGUUAUAAUAGCAGAUGACAAUGUUUUAUUCACUUUAACUCUGUGAACUCUAUUUGUGAGAAAUUGGAAUUUAUGCUCAACUGUUCAAGUUUGACACCAAAAUAUCAUCCUGUUUUGUGUUAAACGUGGAGGAAAAAUCUAGAAACAAAGUUCUUACGUCAGUAGUAGGUCUAUCUAGAUGUUUAGAAAAAAUAUGUACUAAAGUAGCAACAGCAUCUUCAGUACUGUAACCUUUCUUAGUCAAACUGCCAUGGGUGAAGCUUGUCUUUAACCAUCUGAACUAAAUGCUGAAGUAACAACCUUUCCAAGCAUUUCCCAAUUACCGAAGUAAGGGCUAUUGGUCUAAAAUCCUUAUAUUCUCUCGGACAUGGAACUUUGGACAAUGGUUUUAUAUAUGCACAGUCUUCCAUAACACAGGAACAAUGUGUGUCCACUGAGGCCUGAAAUACUGGUUGACACACUAGGGCUAAUUCAUUUGCAAAAUUCUUUAAAAAAC